AUGCCUCAACCGGGUUGUCUGGUCUCUCACUUUGGCCACUACCGAUAUGAUCUUGCAGCGAAGAGGUGGGAGCCUCUUCCCCGGAGCCCUUUGAGAAGGCUCUCUCCGGCAAUUGGCCGAAAAACUGCUUCGAGGAAGUCAGCACUACCCAGCACUUUCGGCAACUUGAUUCCGAAGAUGGUCCUGGCGGAUAGCAAGCCUGCGAGAUGCGGGCUUUCAAUCAGGCAUGUGCAGUCUAYCAAACGCAUGAAGUGA